ACAGGUGCCCUUUGCUAAAGUUCCAGUUUUUAACACGGAAUCGUUCACAGUGGAUUAUAUAAACUACUAAUUGUUGGGGCAGAUGAAUCUGCCAGGGAAUUCCCGAGAGAUACAGGGAUUGAGGAUCUAGAUUAAGGGGGAACCCCACACCCCAACCCCCGGCUCAGGCCCGGGGCCUGUCCCCCUGGCCUCCCGCUUACCUGGACGACAGGAGCCGGGCAUGCUGCUGCUGGCGCUGGCCCACACCGCAGGCCGAGCAAGCGGUCAGGGCCCGGAGCCGGAGCGCGGGGUUUACGGCCAAAGCCGAGAGGCAGCGGCUCAGAACCGGGGCCGCCAUUGAUGCUGAGGGCCCGACGGUCAGCGAGUCCCGGACACACGGCCCGGCCUAGCCCUGGGGUUCGGCAAUGCCCGAGUCCGCUCUCCUGUGGCGUCACUGCAGGCUAGGACCGCACUCCCUCUGUGUGUGUCUCCCCGGGCUGCGGGCGGCCUCUCUGUCUCUCCUGCCCCGAUCCCGGGAGUCUGCCCCGAACAAAGAUGGCGGCGGCGGUCUGGCAGGUUGCCAUGGGGACGGGGCCUAUCGCGGCCUGAAGCCUGCGCCGCUGAGUCAAGGUUGUCUCCUUGCUACCCUGUCCGUUCCAGUCUUGGUUGAUCAGGGGACAAUGGCAUGUGCUCUGAGAGUCAGAGAUUGCUUCAAGCAGCAACUCGACCUUGUCCUGAAAGAGGAUCAUUCUAUCCCUGAGGAUCUAUAUUCUGAACUCCACUCCUGCCUCAACAGUACCCAUUCCCCCUGCACAGUCUCCUUCGACUUGCUGAGAAAACUUCAUAAAUUCUUACAAGAGAAAGGGUUCCCUGUGUAUCUGCAUGAACUUGUGGAAGGAGCAGAAAUAUUCACACCAGAAGUAAAACUGCCAGAGAGGAACCCAGAGUUGAUAGCCCGAUUGGAAAAGAUCAGAGCUAACCUUGCAAACGAAGAGUAUAGACGCAUUACCAAAAAUGUCAACUGCCAGCGGAUUAACCGGUACGGCACUCUGGGAGAUUUGGGAAGACAAGUGCGAUCGGUGAAGGCUGUGGUGGUUACCAUCUUUAACUUCCUAGUGACAGUGGGAGCUGCAUUUGCCUGCACAUACCUUGGCAGUCAGUACAUCUUCACGGACACAGCAGCGCGGGUGCUUUCUGCUUUGAUUGUAUCAUCUGUCGUGGGUCUGGCAGAGCUGUACGUACUGGUCCGGACAAUGGAAGGAGAGCUGGGAGAGAUGUAGCACACUGCCGGAACACUUUAUUAAAACCAAUCAGAGGCUCUUGUAACUUACAUUUAUAUAGCACCUUCAUCAUGGUAAAACAUCUCAAGACAUUUCACAGUAGCAUUAUCAAAGUAAAUGUUUAACACUGGAUGUAGGAGAGUAGGACAGGUGACCAAACACUUAGACAAAGAAGUAGAUUCUAUGGGGUGGCUGAAAGGAAGCAGCUGAAAGCACAGCCCCCAUGUGGGAACAGUCGAAACCAUGGAGGCUCCCGAGGCCAGAACGGGAUGACCAUCAAGAUGUCAGAGUUGGCAGCCAAAGGAGAUGAGAGAGAAAAGGUGAGUUCCGCCCAUACCUGAUUCGAGCUCCCACUCGGUCACUGUGAGACCCUUUACCUGGUUCUUGCAGUCACCUGGCCUUCUCUGAAAAAAGGGUUUCUCUUCAUUCGUGGUUAAGGUGUCUAUUGGAGCCAUGACUGAAGCUGCCUCCUCCACACUCUGCUGCAGGAGAUUCCAGGUCCUACUGCCUUGCUAUGUUUGAUGUUUCUCCAAAUGUUGCGUUGGUUCUUUUGCCAACUACCUUAUAAUUACCUCUCUCCUCUGGUUCCCAUUCCUUCUGCCUACUUUGUCCAUGAUUUGUGGUAAAUGUGAAAACCUUAAACAAACCCAACCCUCACUUUUCCAAGGACACCUCCAAUCUCCCUGUGUACCAGGUCUGCUGUUAGUGUCUGGAAAUUUUAAACAAUGUAAACCAAAUGACCAGUGUUUAUUAAAGUCCAUUUUGCAAUUUU